UAGUAUUUCUAUUGUACUUCCGGGUCCGCAUGGUCCCUUCCUUGUUGUUUCGCUAAACUUCACGAAACUGUGGAUAAUUCUUUGAUUCUCCGAACAUUGAUCAGAGAUAUUAUUAGCGAUGUAUCAUCAACCGGUACUGAAGAACCGACGGACUCUUCUGGAACGAGCUGAGAAAUUCAUAUCUGAGAUUUAUUUCACCGACUGCAACCUUAGGGGAAGACUAUAUGGAGACGCCUGUCCCCUGGAGUCCAUCUCCUCGUCUAUGUCACAACAACGGAUCCCAUUCGGAGAGGCUGUUAAACAGAACUUUGAGCCGUAUCAAGUUGGUGAUACCUUUGGACCCACAUGGUGGACAUGCUGGUUUAAAGUAUCUCUGAGGAUACCAGACUCCUGGAGAGGGAAGCAGGUCCAUCUGAGCUGGGAGAGUGAUGGAGAGGCCAUGGUCUGGAGGGAUGAGCAACCUGUACAGGGGUUGACCAAAGAAGGGGAGAAGACCAGCUACGUCUUGACUGAGUGUCUGAAGGAGGAUGAGCCACACAGCAUCUCCCUGUAUGUCGAGCUGGCGUGUAACAGUCUUUUCGGAGCGGGACAGGGAUCCAUGAUUGCAGCACCUGACCCAGACAGGAAGUACUCUGUCCAGAAGGCUGAGCUUGUGGUGUUUAAGCCGGAAGUCAGGGAGCUGCUGACUGAUUUGGAGAUGCUGGUAGACAUGGUCAAGUUGCUGGGUGAGGGGGAACAGCGUGGGUACCAGGCUCUGUUCACAGCCAAUGAGAUGGUGAACCUGUGUGAGCCGACCAAUCCCAGCUCAUUUCCUGCGGCCCGGAGUCUGGCUCAGAAGUUCUUCAGCCAGAGGAAUGGAGAGAGCCAGCACACUGUCCACGCUAUGGGACACUGCCACAUUGACUCAGCCUGGCUGUGGCCCUAUGAGGAGACCAUCAGGAAGUGUGCCAGGAGCUGGGUGACUGUGAUCAGACUGAUGGAGAAGAACCCUCACAUGGUUUUCACCUGUUCACAGGCUCAGCAGUUUGACUGGGUGAAGAGCUGGUAUCCAGGCCUGUUCUCUCAGAUCCAACACUUCGUUCAGAAGGGACAGUUCAUCCCGGUAGGAGGCACCUGGGUGGAGAUGGAUGGAAACCUGCCAUCAGGUGAGUCCAUGGUCAGACAGUUCCUGGAGGGACAGAGAUUCUUCAAGAAGGAGUUUGGAAACUACUGCAAAGAGUUCUGGUUGCCUGAUACGUUUGGCUACUCAGCCCAGCUCCCCCAGUUGAUGCAGGGUUCAGGCAUCACACGGUUCCUGACGCAGAAACUCAGCUGGAACCUCGUCAACACCUUCCCUCACAACACGUUCUUCUGGGAGGGUCUGGAUGGUUCUCAGGUUCUGACACACUUUCCCCCAGGGAACUCCUAUGAGAUGAAGGGGAAGGUGGAGGAUCUGGUCAACACGGUGAAGAACAACAAGGACAAAGGACGAGCCAAUCACAGCGCAGCACUGUUUGGUUUUGGAGACGGAGGAGGAGGGCCCACCCAGCUGAUGUUGGACAGGUUGGACAGGGUCCAGGACACAGACGGACUGCCUCGGGUCCAGAUGUCCAGUCCUGACCGGCUCUUCUCUGAGCUCGAGGCGGAAUCCUCUCUUCUGUGCACCUGGACUGGAGAACUGUUUCUCGAACUACACAACGGCACCUACACCACACAGGCACAGAUUAAGCUAGGGAAUCGUCGGUGUGAGACCUUGCUCCAUGACGUUGAGGUGGCUAGCAGCUUGGCUCUGUGUCUGGACAAGACUUUCCAGUACCCCUCCGAACCACUACAAAUCCUCUGGAGGCAGCUCCUCCUGAACCAGUUCCAUGAUGUGAUUCCUGGCACCUGUAUAGAGAUGGUGGUAGAGGACGCAAUGCGAUAUUAUCAAGACAUCCGUACCGUGGGAACCAGACUGCUGAGUGUUUCCUGUCGGGCCCUGGGGUCUGAAGGGACUAUGACCCAGACAGGAGACUCUGACAGUACUGCUACUUCCGUUGCUGUCCUCAACACCCUGCCCUGGGAACGCACCGAGGUCCUCCCACUGACAGGGGGCGCUCCUGAUCAUCAACAACCAUGCCUAGUUCUGGUGACAGUCCCCAGUGUUGGUGUAGUUUCUGUCCGUGAUGCCACUGCUACCAAACCUGUCCCUCUGGUCUCCGUCAAGGUUCAGGCUGAUGGUACUGUCCUCAUGGAGAAUGGGAUAUUACGUGCUGUUGUUAAUAUGGAUGGAUGCCUGGCUUCCUUGUACCUGGUCGAGACUAACAGAGAGGCGAUAUCUCACGGUUGCAGUGGGAACCAGUUUGUGCUGUUUGAUGAUGUUCCUCUGUACUGGGACGCCUGGGACGUGAUGGACUACCACCUACAGACACGGAAGCCUGUAGUAGAGGUGGUGUCUCCUGUCCAGAUAGCAUCUCCAGGAGGACUGAGAGGCAGUGUGACCUUCACUCUCAGAAUCAGUGAUAAGAGCACCAUCACCCAGGAGAUCAUCCUGGAUGCCAUGUGUCCUUAUGUCAAGUUCAACACUCAGGUGGAGUGGUUCGAGUCCCAUAAGUUCCUGAAGGUAGAGUUCCCAGUGAAGGUGAGGAGCCCCAACGCCACCUAUGAGAUCCAGUUUGGACACCUGCAGAGACCCACACACAGGAACACGAGCUGGGACUGGGCACGCUUCGAGGUUUGGGGCCACAAAUGGGCAGACCUAUCAGAGCACGGCUUUGGAGUGUCUCUGCUGAACGACAGUAAAUAUGGAUACUCGGUUCACCAGAGCACCAUGACGCUCUCUCUACUGCGAGCUCCUAAGUCUCCUGAUGCCAACGCUGACAUGGGCAGUCAUCGGUUCACCUACGCUGUCAUGCCACACACAGGAACCUUCCAGGAAGCGUCAGUCAUCCAGUGGGCCUACAACCUCAACAACCCUCUGAGGCUGAUCGACCACGCCCCCGGCUCCCAUACUGUAGCCUGGAGCGCCUUCUCUGUCAGCGCUGCAGCCGUCAUCCUGGAGACCGUCAAGCAGGCGGAGGACAGGAAGGAUGGUCUGGUAGUGCGGCUCUAUGAGUCACAUGGCAGUAGUGUCAGUGUGUACCUCACGACAGGCUUCCCCAUCGCAGAGGCUUGGCACUGUGAUCUACUGGAGCGAGUGGAUCCCUCUCGUCCGGCACCAAUCACAGCCUCCGGAAUCUCUAUUAGCUUCAGUCCUUUCCAGAUUGUGUCCCUUCUACUGUACCUGAAGUAAAAUGGUUUGGGUGCUGGUCUGAACAUAAUUUUUCCCUGUAAAUUACGUUCGGCUUAUAAAGGCUUCAUUAUGCCUUCAUAAGCACUGCAUAAAUGUGUUAUAUAGCAUCUAUAACUGUAUGUCAUGCUUUCCAAAAGGUUUCAUAAAUGUGUCAUCGCUCACUGUGGAAUAUGAUAAAAAACAUGCUUUAUAAAGUUGUUCUCUAAAGUGGC